AUGUUUUAAAACCAAAGUUUUCAGUUGUUGCAAUAAUACAUCGUAUAAAUGUUGAUAUUUUCACAAUGGAUAGUGGAAAGAAGGAAUCAAACGAUUCGCCGGAUUUAAAUAGUAAUAUUAGUAGUACAAAUAGUAUUGAUGAUAAAUUGUGGCAAUGGAAACCAUGGUCAAUCAGACGAAAUGAAUACCAAAGAACUGCAUACAAAGCAGAUCAAUCGGGUGAUUUUGAAAAGGCCAUUUUGUACGACAGUAAAGCGCUCAGUUGUGGAUUUGUUGGCACUUUUUUGAACGAAAAUCGAGCGGCUGAAGGAAAUGAAAACGAAUUAAUUAGCCAAACAAUCGAUUUACAACAAAAGACGGGAAAUGUUUUGAUUGAUUAUUUAUCGGAAUAUUUGGAAAAUGUCGUGAUCAAUGAUACAACGAUAGAACCCGCUCCUGCAACAGAUGAUCAAACUCAGUUUAAUGAUUUGCAUACCAAAUGUGCUCAAUUACCAAAAGAAUGGAAUGUGAUUCAGUUGAGUCAACUUUAUAAUGGAUACAAUAGAUAUGCUACCAAAAGAGAUAUGUACACCAGUGAUGCUCCCAUAAGAAUAACUUUAUUUCGUGAUAGCGUAUCGGAGAAACGGGAUAACCGUCCGACCAACAUCAUUCUCGAUUGGCUUGAAUUUGGCGAAGAAAGUAUAUUAUCAACAUCGUAUAAGGUGCAUGAGGUGUUAUACGAAAACUAUACUUCACACAUGAAUACAGAGAACUAUAGUUCAUUUAUGAAGGAGUUGAAAACAGCACAAUCGAAAUUGGUGGAUGAUAUGAUAUCAUGGCUUGGACCGUGGAUCACCCUCCUGUCCGGCAAAAUCAAAGGAAAAGAUGGAGAGAAUUUUGAGAAAAAAUUAUUCGAAGACGUUGAAAUAUUUGGCAAAUCGCAAAAGUUCACCAACGAUCAGAUUACGUAUCUUAGUUUAAUGGCGCGCCGCAUUGAUUUACUGGAAAAUGAUGACUGCGAGCAAGCGGGUCGUUUUAUUGCUCGUAAUUUCGCCGAAUGUACACAAAUAAAAAACUUUUUAAUUGAUCUUAAAAACAAAACCACGAUCGAAGACUUUGAAUAUUAUCCAUGCAUUUUGGUCAUCGAUGAGAUAUUGGAUCCAUUGCCAUGGGAAAUGUGUUUGACUUCACAAGAGUUCACACGUAUGCAUUCGAUAUAUUUUUUAUUUGAUCUGUACGAAAGAUACAAAGACCAAAUUAACGAUGGUUAUCUUAAAAUUGAUGUGAAAAAUGGAUUGGCCAUGAUAAAUCCAAAUGACGAUGAGAAGCUGGCACACAUGUGCGAACGAAUGUCAUCAUACUAUAAAGAUUUUUUGCCAAAAUGGAAACGUAUUGAAAAGGAGGUGCCAUCACCAGAACAAUUUACCAAAUGUUUAACAGAAAAUGAUGUAUUUGUUUAUUCGGGACACGGUAGUAGUCUACAGUUUUUCGCCACUCACGAAUUCGAAAAUAUAAAACAAAAUUGCAUUAUGAUGUUGUUUGGUUGUGAAUCGAUUGCAAUGCAACCACGAGGUACAGUUUGCGAAGCCACUUGUCAGUCAUAUGUUUACUUUAAAAAUGGAUGUCCGGCACUUUUGGGUGCACUUACAAUUGUCACAGAUGUUUGGGUUGAUCUCAUCACAAUUUGUAUACUUACACAAUGGGUUGUGCCAAUGCAAGAAAAACAUCCCACAAUCGAAAUAUGCAAAGAUGAACGGUCGAAAGAGCACAUUCGAAAAAUACUGCUGAAAUCCGAGGGUAAACGAAAUCCAAAUUUACUCGCAUUGCUGUGUGAAAUUCGCAACGAAUCGAGCAUAUCAUUUGGCAUUCGAUCGGCUAUGGUUUUUAGAGGAUUACCACCUUACAAUACAUCAAUGGAAAAAUAAUAGGAAUCGAAUAAUUCAGAACAGUGCAAAUAUUGUUUGAGUCGUUGAGAACAAAAUUGGCCGAAACAGCGAUUUCUCGGUUAUCAUAAAAUCUCAAAAUUUGCACGAAGGCACUUUAAUUCGAUCACUUUUCAGAAAUUUACUUAAAACAUCCAUGAGAAAAUGCGAUUUCGGUAGCUCCUCAUUUUAUUCUCAACAGCUCAAUAAACUUUCAAAAGGAAUAAUGUACAAAACCAUAAGUCAUAAGUCAAAUAAAUAGUCAAUAAUUCAUUUA